AUGUCCCAAUACGCCACCACAGCAAGGACCCUCUCCAGAGCCCCUCUCGCAGGAAAGGCCUUCUCCCCCGCCCUUCCAACUCUGGGUAGGGCAGCACCCCCAUACCAAUCCAAGUGGAAGCGAACAGCUCCUGUGCCGCUUUCGGGAGAAAACUUCCUCGAUGUUCUGUUUAACCGGACACCAGUGAUCAAGCAGCCUGGCUUCCUUGGCCGUGAGGAAUGCUUUGCUCAUGAGAAAGCGUUGAGUCAUAGGAUUGCGCCGUAUAGGUAUUACACUGGACCUCUUUUGCAGAGGGUUGGUUGUGCGCAGUUUGAGUACCAGGCGCAAGCUGCUGCUGACUUUGAGAACCGCAAGAAUGAGAAGGAAGAAUACUUCAAGGUUGCACAGUCUCUGAGUGGUCUCCAUCAAGAAGUUGCAGACCAGACUGGAGUCAAUGCCUGGGAGAAGGUUAUAGGAACGCUCCGUGCCCUUCUGCCGGAUUAUGAGAUCGUUCGUGCAUCAGAAGGGCCGGGGAAAACAUACUUCUCCGGCAACUUUCGUGCUCUAAACGACUCAACUUGCCUUCACUGUGACUGGACACCGUAUGAUGCCGCUACUGAGGACUGGAUUAUCAAUCAGGUCACUCACCAGGCCGUUUUCAACUUGUACAUGGCACCCGUAAAAGGUGGCAGGACUUGGGUGCACGACGUUGAGUGGAGUGAAGAGUGCCUCAACUUUAGGGAUCCUGAUACUUACGGCUAUCGUGAUGAGAUUAUUCAUGGCCGCCAGAACGUUGUUGUCAAACCCGAAGUUGGUGAUCUGUGGUUCUUCAACUCAAGGAACAUGCAUCAGGUUGAAAAGGUAGAGCCAGAGCCUUGUCCCGAGCUUGGCCUGCCGUACAGACCACGACUAUGCCUUAGCAGCUUCAUUGGACUUCUACCUGAGCACAAGACUGGAGGCCGUCCUCGUUUGAUACUGUGGUCGUGAAGUCUUAAAGUCAGGGAGUAAGUUGAGGGCCUAGAUAGUAUUGAUACUAGUGAAUUAUUAGACCGUUUUGAUG